AUGUCAGUCGCAGAAGGUCGACACAGUCGAAUUUUGUUCGUGAAGAAUCUGAAUUAUAAUAUCCAUGGUGCAGAUCUGUACGAAUUGUUCGGUCGGUACGGUGCGAUUCGCCAAAUUCGACUAGGGAAUACACAGCAAACGCGCGGCACGGCCUACAUCGUAUACGAAGAAGCCAACGACGCCAAGAAUGCAGUGGCUAACUUGAAUGGCUUCCACUUGAUGGAGCGAUACAUUGUCGUGCUGUACCACGUCCCGUCAAGACUCUCUGGCAAAGGCUCUCUUGCGCAGCGCGAAGAAGAGCUGGCCAAAGCGAAACAGCAGUACGGUAUUCAUGACGAAUAA